AUGAAAGAAAGAAAGACACUAUUUGACUACUUUAAAGCUCCGAAGAAAAAGGAGGAUUCUGGGGAGACAUUGGACCGGAUGGUUGAUUUGGAGAACAGCAGAAACUCCACUGGUAUUUUGGAUCUCAAGGAGCACAAGAGAAUUUGUAAGGCUCCAAGUCCCGAGGAAAGAGAAGAGGCAGCAGAUGGUUCCAAACCUAUAGUACCCUCGGAUGUGGAGCCAUCUUAUAGAAGCAACAAGGGAUUAGGAAAAGAAGAAAAAGAAGAGAAGAAGACAGAGGAGAGAUAUAAAUUUCUGGAAGAUAUUAGGGACAGAAACGGGAGAAGAGUGGGAGAAGAAGGAUAUGAUCCCUCAACGCUCUUGAUACCGAAGAGCGAGUACAAUAGAUUUACACCCUUUGAAAAGCAAUUUUGGGACAUAAAGAAGGAUCAUUUUGAUACGAUUGUGUUCUUUAAGAAGGGAAAGUUCUACGAGCUAUACGAGAACGAUGCACUUAUCGGAGCAAAACUAUUUGAUCUGAGAAUUACAGAUAGAGUAAACAUGAAGAUGUCCGGGUUCCCUGAGAGUAGUCUUGACUACUGGACCAGAAAGUUUCUGGAGAACGGAUACAAGAUUGCUAGAGUAGACCAAAGCGAAAACAUGAUUGGAAAGCAGAUACGAGAAAGAGACGAGCUGAGCAAGGGAGUGGAGGGCAGGAUGGCCAAGGACAAAAUAAUACGGCGAGAGCUUAAGGAGAUUAUUACACAGGGGACGAUAUACAAUAUAGACUACAUGAAGUCGUCAAUUCCUAUGUAUUUGAUGAGUGUGGCGACAGAUGAGAUUUGUUAUGCAGAGAAGUGCAAUGGAGAGAUUCAUACAUCUGUUUUGCUGUAUGAUGCAAGCAUUGGAGAAGUGUAUUUUUCGUCUUUCUGUGAUGACAGAGCAAGACAUGGAAUCAAGACAAUUCUGUCCCAACACGAUGUCCGGGAGAUGAUUGCAGACUUCACCAUCCCAGGGAUUCCACGGGUUGUGCCUGAUAAGACGGGAUAUGUGUCAAGCAAGAAGUAUGAGUUUUCAAACUCCAGAGAGUAUGUAUGUUUCCAGUAUUUGGCAAAGUAUAUGGAGAAGCUUCGGAGAAGUGAUGCUUUGAAGAAUGUAAAGAUCUCGAAGCUUCAGGACGAGGCAAGAACCAUGGUUGUUGAUGACGCCACUCUCCGGAAUAUGGAGAUAUUCAAGAACAAUUACAAUGGAACAGGGGAGAAGACUCUCUUCAAGGCAAUUGACUUCUCUAGCACACCCUUUGGACAAAGGCUCCUUAGAAGAUGGAUAGCAGCACCACUUGUAAGGAGGGAGGACAUUGCAAAGAGACAAGAAACAGCACGUAUGUUCAAAGAGGUGGAGGUUUCUAACCUAAAGAAUGCCUUGGCGAGGAUAGGGGAUGGGGAGAGGCUUUUGACAAGGCUCUUCAAUGGAAACCCGGGUACUAAGGACCUAAACAAAUUCAUUAGGUGUCUGGAUGCCUGUAGAGAGGCAGGAGAUGUCUUGGUACAGACACUGAAGGGCCAGAAAAGUGAUAGCGCAGAAUCUAUGGUUGCAAAGGCAGAAGAAUUCAGCCGGGAAAUAAGCAAAGUGCUUGAAUGGCACCGUAAAAUCUAUGAUGUGAGCGAGACAGAAAUAUCUCCUGGAGAGGAGGAUGGAGAUGAACUGUGCCAGUUGAUGAAAGAAAGGAGAGAAAUUGAGGAAGGCCUGAAUGAAUAUUUACGGGAACAAAAGGCCAGGCUAAAAUGUCAAUCGAUAAAGUUCAAAGACGUAGGAAAGGACAUAUUCCAAAUGGAGGUAGCAAAGGAGACGAAAGUUCCAUCAGACUACUUCAUAAUGUCUUCCACCAAGGGAACCAAUAGGUACUACACAAGAGAUUUGAAAAAUCUUGUUGAAAGAUAUGUUGAGUGCGAAGAGAAGAUAUUCCAAUCCAAGGGGUCGUUGCUUAGGCGAGCCAUAGAUGUACUUCUUCCACAUGUUGUUUUCUUCCGCCAGAUGUUCUGGGAACUUGCAAAUGUAGAUUGUUAUCUUUCGUUUACUACCUUUUCGCAAAGGAACAGAGCAACAACCCCCACCUUUUCGGAAGGGCUUCGCAUCUGUGGAAUGUCGAAUCCAAUAUAUCCUACCUUUGUAGCAAAUGACUACAAUGCACAAAAGAGAAUUCUUGUGCUUACUGGUGCCAACAUGGGGGGAAAGUCGACCUUAUUAAGGACUUUGUGCUUCAAUGUAAUUCUCAGCCAGGCAGGAAUGGAUGUGUGCUGUGAGAAGAUGGAGACGCCUCUCUUUGACAGGAUAUUUACCAGGAUAGGGGCACGGGAUGACCUGGUAAAGGGAGAAUCGACGUUUAUGGUUGAGCUAGGGGAAACGGCAAGCAUCCUGAAGCACUCAACAAGAAACUCCCUUGUGAUGAUGGACGAACUUGGACGAGGGACUUCGACCCGAGACGGAGAGUGCAUUGCCAGGGCCGUUCUGGACUACCUUAAGGAGAGAGGAUGCCAUGUUCUGUUUUCAACCCAUUAUCACAGGAUCAUCAGAGAGGUUGAAGGAGUCAGUAAUGGAUAUAUGAAUUCGACGGUUAAGGGAAAGGACAUUGUGUUUUUGUACAAGCUCAUGGAUGGGACGUCCUGGGACUCCCAUGGGUUGUAUGUUGCAAGAAUGGCAGGGGUUCCGGAAGAAAUUGUUGAAAGGGCUGAAAGGAUAAAGGAAACACUGCAAAGAUCGGCAGGGCGAGGAGAGGCAAGUAAUAUUUAUGAAAAUUAA